AUGGCCUUCAACCACAACAGCUACCAUAUUGGCUGGAUAUGUGCCUUGCCCAUUGAAAUGGCUGCGGCAAAAUGCAUGUUAGAUGAAUCUCACCCUGACCUCGAUCAACCCCGCACCGAUACAAAUAGCUAUGCGCUGGGGAGCGUUGCUUCCCAUAAUGUUGUCAUUGCCUGUCUUCCUUCCGGUAUCUAUGGUACCACUUCUGCUGCCGUCGUCGCUAAGCAAAUGAUGACCACCUUUCCCAGUCUAUCAUUCGGAUUGAUGGUAGGCAUUGGAGGUGGUGUCCCGGCCGUCUCACGGCCGUCACCCGAUAUUCGCCUUGGUGAUGUCGUUAUUGGUAUCCCCAGCGGCUCGUUCGGAGGUGUUGUUGCGUACGACUACGGAAAGACUCUGGAGAAUGGAACCUUUUUACCAACUGGAUCACUCAACCACCCUCCUACUAGUCUUCUAACAGCUGUGAGCAAUCUUCGAUCAACAUAUCUUGUGGGCAAGGGUCAGCUAGGAGAGAUCUUAGACAAGGCCAUCGCUCAGUAUCCCCAGUUUCAAUGUCCUGGGCCAGAUCACGAUAUCCUUCAUGACACUUGUACUGACCCUGAUAUUCCUGUGGAUUCUGCCCCAGUUGUGAGCAGACCUCAAAGGUCCUCCACUACUCCGCAGCUGCAUUAUGGUACGAUCGCAUCUGGAAAUCGUCUCAUUAAGCACGGAAAGACCCGAGAUCAAUUGGCUGUCCAGCAUGAUAUCUACUGUUUUGAGAUGGAAGCUGCCGGAAUUAUGGAUCUUGAUUACUUUCCGGUUUUGGCUAUUCGAGGAAUCUCCGAUUAUGCCGAUGAGUUCAAGGCUAAAGAAUGGCAACCUUUUGCUGCCAUAGGUGCCGCCGCAUAUGCAAAGGAAUUACUGGGGAUCACCCCCAAGAGCCACGCUGAGAAAGCCGAAAGUAUAGCUCCCUCAACAGAAACAUCAUCUACCCUACAAUCUUCUUCUUCUCUACCGCCCGGAUUUGUGAACCAAGUCUUCCCAGUCGAGAAGAACUUUGUGGGAAGUCUCACGACGGACACUCUGUUUCCACGACAAAAUUUCCAUGCCUUGCCAAAAUCGCCCGCGCCCGGUCAAUUGGCUAUCAUACACCAGUCGAUUCCACACUCCAUCCGUCUUGAUGCCCCGGGCUACACUUCACUCUUCUCGGGUGGAUCUAGCAAAGGGCAGAAUGCUUCGGAUACUGAUGAUACGAUUACCGUUGAUCGAUCCAGCUCCUGCACGCUUAAUAACUCAAGCGAUUGGUUCGAAGCAAUGAGCAAACAGAGGAAAGCAAGACAAUGGAUUGAGAGACAGAUGGGUCGCUCAAAUGAGAAAAUCUAUCUGAUUGUUGGAUUCAGAAGCAUGUGGCACCGUGAUAUUGAUAUCACCCUCACAGCUGAUAACUCUGAUAAUUCGAGUAUUCAGUCUUGUAUCGGUGAGGCAGUCUAUGCGGUGCAAUAUCGCCUGCUUAAAUUCAAGUGGUACCGCAGGAAAGACAUAGAUUCUGCAAGCUUACAAAAGGGAAAUUGCUGGCAAAGUCUCUACACCGAUCGUGGUGAUGAUGACGAUGAAGAUGCAGACGAGGCGGAGGACUACUUGGAAGUUACGUUGGAUGAUGAUGUUACGGAGGCAUCCACUGCUGGAAAUUAG